AUGAUGAGAAUUGACUUGAUUCGUUUCUGGCUCUUAUUGAAUCUAAAUGUAGUAUGUCGAGCAGCUAGUUAUGCGUGUGAAAAGAAAGCAGUGUCGUGUGGUUGUGGACAAGCAGCUGUAGCAAUCAAUGCGCGGAUCGUCAAUGGUGAAGAAGCUGUGCCCUAUAGUUGGCCGAUGAUGGUAUCAUUGAGAUAUAAGUGUAAAACUAAUGGCGACUCAACAACACAUUGUUGUGGUGGAACGAUUCUUAGUGAAUCGUAUAUAUUAACAGCAGCUCAUUGUGUCGAUACUUUACCUGAGAACGUGAAAGAUCAGAAUGUAACAAUUGCUGCUGGCAUGCAUGAUCAAUCGAAGCAAAAUCGAAUCAUUCGUAACGUUGAUAAAAUCAUAUUUCAUCCGUUAUGGAAAACAUUCCAUACUGAAUAUCAAUACGAUAUCGCUUUACUUCGUUUAUCGAAGCCACUUGAUCUGCAAACGAACUCAUCUUUGGCUCGAACGUGUCUUCCACCCCGUUUUGAUACGUUGGAGAAGAUGCUCGAUUAUUCUUCAAAUGCGACUGGUUUAGUAGUGAUCGGAUGGGGAAAAUUAGGAACAGAUGGAAAUUUUCCUGAUCUUCUUCAACAGGUAUCUGUUAAUUCAAUACCGUACCUCGAUAGACGAUGUACAAAAGUCAUGUCAUAUCCAAGUGUGCAAAUGUGUGCCGGAGUUGACGACGAUAUCAGUGAUGCUUGCCAAGGUGAUUCAGGUGGCCCUAUUCUGCAAUGGAUUGGUGAUCGUUGGGAGCAACUAGGACUUGUCUCUUAUGGCGUAACAGGCUGUGGAAUAAAAGGUUUUCCGACAGUUUACACUCGACUGACUUAUUUUCAUGAUUGGAUCGUAUCACAUAUUCAACAAGAUAACCAUACAAAUAUAGUGGAAAAUAUAACUGCAGCCAAUCCUGUCAUUUACCGUUGUCGCGUUGGGUUUCAUCAAUGUGGCUGUAGUAAGAAGAACGUUGUUUUAUCUUCAACAGCAUUGGUUCCAAGUGAAAACGCAUUGCCAUUCACAUGGUCAAUGAUUGUUUCGAUACGUGUUGCUUCGAACAACGAGCAUAUCUGCACGGGAACAAUUGUAGAAAACUAUCUUAUUCUAACAGCAGCUCAUUGUGUGAUCAAUCGAAUAUUAGAGGAGAUUUUCAUUGAAGCGGGCAUGUAUUCCCAAGAUGAACCUGAUGCAAUCAUUCGGCACGUAGAUCACAUGUAUAUACAUCCUAAUUAUAGUAGAACAGCUGAUUCUUAUAUCAAUGAUGUUGCUAUUCUUCACUUGUCAAAAUCGCUGUUUUCAGAAAAUAACGCAUAUCUCACACCGAUAUGUCAACCCUCGCCAGUAGGUUAUUGGAUAAAUACUAGGACUCAGUUGGUUAUUAGCGGUUGGAAUAUCACCAAUAGCUCUCGUGUAUCGAAUACAAAGAUAUUACAACAGACUGAAAUUUAUCUUAUUGAAGGCGAUGAUCAUCAACGCUCGAUACCAAUGGAUCAGCGUGAGAAUCAAUUCUAUGCUGGUCGCCGUGUGACAGAUUCUUCUUUCACAGAUCUAUGUUAUGCAGCCGAUCCAGGAAGUCCCGUUUUUUAUUGGACUGACAAUCACUGGAUACAAGUAGGUUUUGCAUCCCAUUGUAAAAGCAUCUUCAAACUGACUGAAAUGAGACCAUCGAAUACAUAUCACUGUGAUAGAAAUGCAUCAUGUGGCUGUGGGCCAACAGAUGUGACCUUGACAUCAUUACGUGUUAUUGGAGGUGAAGUCACGAUUGAUCAUAGUUGGCCAAUGAUAAUAUCGAUUCAACUCUACGGAGAGUGGCAUGUAUGCAGUGGAACGAUUCUAUCUGAUUUAUUCGUAUUAACUGCUGCUCAAUGCGUGGCUGGUUGGGGAAUCACAGAGACUGCGACUGUCAUAGCUGGUGCUCCUAAUCUUUCGAGUCCAGACAAGAUUUCCCGGAGAAUUGAUCAAGUCUAUAUCCAUCCAAAUUACUCAAACAUCGAACCUAAUUUACAUAACAUUGCGAUUAUUCGAAUAAAUCAGCCACUUCCAUUGAAAGAUGAAUCAUCUACAAUACGAAAAACAUGUCUAUCAUCAAACACCGAAGUGCCAUUCAAUGAAUAUCCAGCGCCCAAUUCGAAACUAGUAGUUCUUGGAUGGAGUAAUUUCGAUGUUGAAAAUGGAACAUCGUCGAGACUUCGACAAAUACCAGUUCGGUUCAUUGAUGCUAAACAUAAGUCAUGUGCAAAUGCUAUCAUCAAUGAAACCUAUCAAUUCUGUGCUGCACUGUCAAAUGAUGAUCAUAGUAUUGGUCUAAAUUACUUAUUGAGUUAUGAUGCAGGCGGACCGAUUAUGAUGUUCAAGAAUAAUCAUUGGGAACAAAUUGGAAUUAUUACAAAACCACACGGAAUCGAGACGAUUAGUAAACCUGAGCUAUACAUACGGAUAUCACCAUACAAAGAAUGGAUCCAAAGUACUAUUGGUUUCCCCUUGCCCGUCUAUCCAACACUUAAUAAUGUGGACUACAAACAAAAUCAUCAAAUCGAUCCAUUACCGUAUACAUCAUCUAUGAUAGUUUCAAUUAGACACAAGAAUGAUAUAAAUACACAUCGGUAUACUGGAACAAUUCUAACUGAUUCGUAUAUCUUAACAGCUGCACAUUAUGUUGAUAGUUCAUCAGAUGAUUUAAUCAUUUCGUAUAAAUCAGAAGAAAAUCUUGGAAAAAUCAAUCGAGUUUAUAUUCAUCCAGAAUGGAAGGAUUACCAUCGCUACAGAAAAGAUAAUGUCGCUCUUCUACGUUUAUCAAAUCGGUUGAACUUCACUGUACAUAGACAACUCUCUCGAGCGCGUCUUUCACCUCGUGUUCAUCUGUUGGAGAAUACAAUGCUACAAAUUAUCGAUUGGCAACGAAAUACCAGAGUAUUCUUGAUAGCUAACAAUGAUUCCUUAUGCAACAGCUUCAUCGAUGGCGAUGAACAACAGUUCUGUGUAAGAUUCUACGAAAGUAGCCAAGAAGAUGCGGUAGGAAAACCGAUAUUUCAAUGGAUGAAUCAUCGUUGGGUACAAAUUGGCAUCGUUCAUUUAGCUACAAAAUAUACAGACGAUAGCUAUAUAGGUGUUGUCACCAGCUUACAUCACUAUUAUAACUGGCUAGAGUCCAUUGUCAAUACACCAAACUUCAGAACUCUCAGUAUUGGAGUGACAGCAAAUGUCGCAAGAAACGUACCAACAACCUACGAGUGUAGUGUUCAUAGCACAUCUUGUGGUUGUAGCGGAGAAAAUGUAAAAUUAUCAUCGACAAGAAUUUUUGGAGGCGAAGAAGCUGUUCCAUACAGCUGGUCUAUGGUCGUUUCGAUUCAUUUUAAUGAUUCCGAUGAACCAUCUUGUACGGGUUCCAUUCUCACCGGAUCUUACGUGUUAACUUCAGCAGGCUGUGUAGAUGGUGCAUCAGAAAUGGAUUUGCACAUUGUCGCCGGUGUGCACAAUCGAUUGGAAGAUUUUCCUACGAUCCGCUAUGUACAAAAAAUUCAUAUACAUCCAGACUGGAACAGAAGUGACCAUACCUACGGAAAUGAUAUUGCGUUGCUCUAUGUUUUCCCACCGUUACCAAUUAAUGGUCGGGGAAAUCCUGCUCUAACAUGUGUACCACAUAUUAAUUCAUUGACUGAAUCAGUAAAUUAUCCAUUACAAGGUAGUCAGUUAGUAAUGGUUGGUUGGGGUUCAGCUGGAGACGAUAGUCACGCCAUGUCUGAGACACUUCAACAAGUCAGUAUCGAUGUGAGCAAUAAAAACGAUCCAAACUGUAUAAAAAACGUUCGCGAUGCCGAUAAACAAUUUUGUGCUGGAAGAUCAAAUCGAAGCCCGUGUCGUGGUGAUUUAGGCGGUCCAAUAUUUCAAUGGAAAGGAACAUAUUGGGAUCAGGUGGGAAUCACUAGUUACGGAGGACAAUGUGAUCAGGUUGAUUCACCAGCUGUGUUCACACGUUUGGCGGUAUACUUCAAUUGGAUGGAGUCUGUUGUCAAUAGUUCUCUGACAACUACAACGCCUUCGCCACCUCCUGUGCCUAUUGUACAUGAAUGUAACAAAGCAUCAACGUGUGGUUGUGGUCAAACAGAUGUAGCUCUGACACCCUCGCGAAUUGUCGGUGGUGAGGACGCACUUGACGAUAGUUGGCCGAUGAUCGUGUCACUUCGUUUAAAUGGAUCUAUUGAUCAUUUGUGUGGCGGAACAAUUUUGUCUGCAUCCUUUAUUCUAACUGCUGCUCAUUGUCUUCGUAAUCUAUCCGAAACAUAUCCUACAGAUUUGUCUAUUGCAGCAGGUAUGACGAAUCGUUCAGAUCCAGGACGAAUUCUACGUAAUAUUGAUCGAAUUCACGUCCAUCCAUAUUAUCUUGGUGGAUCAGAUGACAAACGACAUGAUAUAGCUUUACUACACGUAGACCAACCGUUCGUGUUUGAAUCUGAUUUGAAAUUGACGAAAACAUGCGUUCAUCGCCUGGAUUCAUCGCUGCCAGUUGAUCAAUAUCCUAAAAAUGGAACACGUCUUGUCAUCAUUGGAUGGGGCGUGAUGCAAUUUGGUACAAAGUAUAUUCCUGAAAUUCUUCAACAAGCACAAGUUUUCAGUAUUGACAAUGACCAUUCCAUAUGCAAAAAAUCGAUUCAAGACAGUGAAUUGCAAUUUUGUGCUGGAUUAUACGAAGGUGGAAAAGAUUCAUGUGAAGGAGAUUCCGGUGGACCUAUAUUUCAGUGGACAGGACAAUAUUGGGAACAAGUCGGUGUUGUUUCUUAUGGAACAGGUUGUGCAGAUGCGUAUUUUCCUGGUGUAUACACUCGACUAUCAUUCUAUUACGAUUGGAUUCAAAAUAUUCUGAUUCGAAAUGGUGAACAUCUGGAAUCAGGCACUUUGUCUAGUUCAACCAUGACUCGAUUCACCACAUCUGCUGACCUCAUACCUCAUUCGAAUACAAUCAGCAUGUAUCAUUUCUAUAAAUAUCAUUUUCAUGUAGUCAUCUAUGGAUUAAGUUUAAUUUUAUUUUCGCUAUGUUAUCAAUAA